UACAGUGUGAUAUAUGCUGGGUUUGGCACUGGAGUGUUAUCUUAAUCCCUGCCUCAGUCUUACUCAGCCACUGUUAUGAAGGAGUUAUGAAUGAGUUAUGAAUGUGCACGGGUUAGUCAGUCAGCUCAUCAGACAAACAGCCUUUCUAUUGGUGGCCACCAUCCGUCCGCGUCCUAAUCCGGCACACACACGUUAUAUAAAAUGCUCAUCCAAUCCCAAAGCACAAAGAGAAACAACUGCUCCAAAGCUUGGCGCUCAGCCUGUGUGUGGCUCAUUAACAUCUCCUGAGGAACAGGACCGGACCGGAGCAUCAUGAUCUUUAUAGUGGACCUGCUGCUGAUGCUCAUCGACCUAACCUACUCCAUCCUGAACGCCGUCCUCCAGACUUUCCUCCGGCCGAGGCUGAAGUGCAUUGACGGGGAGCUCUGUCUGAUAACGGGGGCCGGGGGCGCGCUGGGUCGCCUGUUCGCCCUGGAGUUUGCCAAAGAGGGGGCGCAGCUGGUGCUCUGGGACUGCAACACGGCUGCCAACGAGCAGACCGCAGAGCUGGCGCGGGAGCUGGGGGUCCAGGUGCACACGUACACGGUGGACCUCUCCAAGCGUCACAGCAUCUAUGAGACGGCGACCAAGGUGAGAGCGGAGGUCGGGGAGGUGUCUAUGCUGGUCAACAACGCGGGCGUGGUGGCCGGAAGGAGGCUGCUGGACUGUCCUGACGAGCUUUUGGAGAGGACCCUGCUGGUGAACUGCCACGCGCUGUUUUGGAUGACAAAGGCCUUCCUGCCUCAGAUGAAAGCAAAGAAUCAUGGUCACAUUGUAACCGUUGCCAGUGCUCUUGGACUAUUCAGCACUGCAUGUGUAGAGGAUUACUGUGCCAGUAAAUUUGGAGCUGUCGGUUUCCACGAGUCACUGACACACGAGUUGCGAGCGGAGGACCUGGAUGGCAUCAAAACCACUUUAGUCUGCCCUUAUAUUGUAGACACAGGGAUGUUUGCAGGCUGUGAAAUCAGGAAGGAGCUUCGGAGUCUAAUUCCCCCUCUGGAGCCGCUCUACACUGUACAGCAAUCCAUGAAAGCCAUUUUAGCCGAACAGCAAAUGAUAUGCAUUCCUCGUCUUAUGUACAUCCCUUUCCUCACACGAGCACUUCUACCUUGGGACGCAAAUGUGGCCACAUAUCGCUUCAUGGGAGGUGACAAAUGCAUGCUACCCUUCAUCAAGAACGUUGAACUGAAGACCUCCAAUGGCCACAUCAAAUUGUCCUGAACCCUCUCUACAGUCCAUCUUACAACCUUGUUAAAUUAUGGGCCAAUGCAGACAACCAAAGUCUUACACUGUAUAUUCCUAAUACAUUCAUUUGUCAUCUGAAGGGAGAGCCCCAUAUAUUUAUUUUUGCACUGGACUGAAGGGUAACUUGUGUAAUUUCUGGUUAUAAAUAACCAUAACUGGAUCUGAAGGGCAGUCAGGGAUUGCUUUAUGAAAAGGAAAGUUAAAAUAAAGUCAUUGAAUAGCCUCUAUACUGGAGGCCAAAGUAAUAUUAACAAACAUAAAUUCAUAGAAAAACUGCUAAUGGAAAAGAGACUGCGGUGACAACAGAUCUAUACAAGUGCCUCUUUUUAUUCACAUUAACAAACAGUGCAGAAACAUAACAUAAGACUAAACAUAAACAAAUCUACGGGAAACAUGCAACAGAAAAAUAUUAAGCAUUAUGUUUGAGCCACGACUAGUCUCCAUAACCGUAAAAAGGAAUUCAAACAUACAAAAGAAGCAGUAAAGAAAUCCCUCUCAUAUGAUUCAGAUGUUCAGUGUUCCACAGUACUGCUGAAAUAUACCUCUGCUGAUGCUGCGGUUAUUGAAAUAAACUGACAAUUGUAUCAGACCUUGAUUUCCAAAUCCUUGUUAGCUUUGCCACACAGCAAACAAAGAGCCCGAGCACUAAACAGUAUUUCAGUUGAGUCAACUUUUGGUCAUAUCUUUAAAAAGCCUUAAAAAAAA